CAUUCCAUCCCGACAACAACCUGCAACUCCUGGAGAAUGGAAUGGUUCUCCUAAAUGGACGAGGCCGUCGCUGCUUUCUCACAUCCGUCGAGUCUCAUUCCAUGGUCGCCGGUAACGAUCUAACAUGUGACAGAAGGAGAGAAGAAAAAGAUCUUUCACUAGAAGAUCUCAGCAAGCCACGGUGGUCUCUGGAUAAAGGAAGAAACUUUUUCAUGAGCUCUGCUGUUGAUCCUUCUUUUGGGAAUUCUAUCGAACACUUGGUGAGCUAAUGGUAACAUGAAGCAACAAUGGCCAUUCAUGUUUGUAAUCCCACACAAAACGACAUCAAAGACAAUGAUCUCGAUCGCCACCGCCGAGAAGACGAGCCAUCCUCGCUUCAGACAUCUCCUUCACUCUCUUCCCAACGUAUCCUCGCCGUCCGUUAGAGCUCGAGCUAUCUCUGAAUCCCGUGACCGGUUAGCUCCAGAGCCCGAGCUAUCUUCCAAAUCUGUAACGCUCUGUGUAUUCUGAAGCUUCGGAAGCGGAGGUACACAACUGAUACUUGCGGCUUCUUCUCUCAAGCUUCAACCUUGGUCCACUCUCGGUUUGAGCCAAGAAAUUCGUCACAUACGUCUACUCAGCAAGAGAAAUUCAGUAUAUCUCUCACGCUUCUGCUUAAACCUGGUUCCCUGAAGUGAUGGUGUUUCCCACUAUGCCAUCAUCAUCUGUUUCUGUUCAUCUGUUUCUGCUCAAGAACGAUGAACUCAGUGGCGGCAAGGUCAUGCUUCUUCACUCAAGCUCUCGACACAAGCUCGCCGUAACCGGCACAAGCGUCUCCCCCCGACAAGAGUUCGCCACAACCCACAUGUCGGCACAAAAGGACACAGCUUCAAAGACUUUGUUUCUUUUUGGGAAAAUGCUGGAACUUGGGUUUGAGCACGAUGAGGUCAUGCUUGGUUUUCUUGUUAGCGAAAGGGAGUUGAGAGAGCUACAUAAACGAUUGAUCAAUGCAAUGAACGGGUAGAGGUCGUUUCCAAACCAUAAAGUUUCCAUCGUUUUGCUAAGAGAGAUGGCGCCAUGACAAGGGGUUUCAUGAAGUCAAUGAACGAGAUCAAUAUCUUGCUUCUUCACCGUUAUAAGAGACCUUCCGUCGAUUUCUUAUGGAUUCAUCACCAUGACGUCUUGAAAGCUCCAUCAACGGAAGCUCUUGAGAGCUUCACACGAUCUCAGCCAGCGGGCCAUCUCGGCAGUCUAUGGAUCUCGUUCUCAGCGGUUUGAAGAUCUUGGUUCACUUGAGUCUACUUUCUGAACAAGCCAUGUCAUCCCACUCUGCUCAUCUCUUUGAUCUUACGGAACCUCUUCAAAAUUGGACCUACACGCCAACAACAAUCUCAGCACAAGACUUUGGGGUCGUUAGAAGAUCUCAAGUCAGCGUUCUUGAGCCAUCAAUCUAAAACCAAGUUCCCUUGAUAGCAAGCGACCGUGAAAAGCUUCUUGUGAUGAAGACGCGACAAUAAACGAGAUCUUUAACCACGUCCACAAUAACUUAUUUGUCAAGUUACAACAAGGCUCGACCUCUAAUGACCCAUCAACGUACGAGAUUCUAAUCAAGCCAUAGCUUGCAUACCAAGAUUCAGCAGCAGUCAUCUCUAGCAAUCAAAGGCACAAGCUUUCUGUUGGACGCUUGUUUCUCCGUCACGACAAAGAUAAGCCCCUUUUAUUAAAUCAUCACAUGCUUUUAUCACCUUUAUAUUAUACGUAUGUGUCAUGGUGAACAUUAUAGCUGUGGUUUAAAUUAUUAAAAAACUCAUUCUCAUAUGGCUUUUUAUGGGGUGACUCUUGUUAUUUGCUUUACUGUUGCUAGCUUAUGAUAUUUAUAUAUCAUCAUGUUCAACUCACGGGCAUUAAGCAAAACGAGUCUGAUCGCUAGCUUAUUAAUUAUGCAAAAGUUGGUUAUCUCCUAUGGUUUCUAUUGAGCUAAUCAUGAUCAUGGUUUUCUUGAACCAGAGAUCGUUGAGCCAAAAGGAAAAGAGGAUCAACAAGCGGUUGCCACAUCAUGUCCUCAUGCUUCGACGGACGGCCCUCACCUACGCGCUUGUCGGAAGCAGCACAAGCCGGCGCUUUCUCACGUCAUCAUAGCCUGACGAACACACAAGCCAACAACUUGCUCGGCACACACGAUCUCAACACGAGACUUCGGAUCAACAAUAGUUCGUAGCAAAGCGAGCCGGGACAGUGAAACCAUGGCAACUAAAGAAGAUGUGCAAGAUCCGAGAAUCCCAAAGAUCGCUUCUUCCAUCAGAGUCAUCCCCGACUUCCCCAAACCAGGGAUCAUGUUUCAGGACAUAACGACGCUGCUUCUGGACACUGAGGCGUUUAAGGACACCAUUGAUAUUUUUGUUGAAAGAUACAAAGGCAAAGGCAUCUCUGUUGUUGCGGGUGUUGAAGCUAGAGGUUUCAUUUUUGGACCUCCCAUUGCGUUGGCUAUUGGUGCCAAAUUUGUUCCCUUGAGGAAGCCCAAGAAGCUUCCUGGGAAGGUGAUCUCGGAGGAGUAUUCGUUGGAGUAUGGAACAGAUAAGAUAGAGAUGCAUGUAGGUGCGGUUGAGCCUGGUGAGCGUGCUAUCAUCAUUGAUGACCUCAUUGCCACUGGUGGCACCCUCGCUGCUGCUAUCCGACUCCUUGAGCGAGUAGGAGUGACGAUUGCUGAGUGUGCUUGCGUGAUUGAGUUACCUGUGCUCAAGGGAAGGGAGAAGCUAGGAGAGACGCCACUAUUUAUUCUUGUGACCUCUGAUGCUGCUUAACAAGAAGAAACCACCCUAUAAGGACAUAAUGGGGUUUUAUUAUUGGAAUCAUAUCAAACAUGUUAUUUAAAAUUGUAUUGCUUUUGGGAUUCGAUCCUUUGUUAUUCUCAACUUUUAUCAUAAUUGCCUCAGACAAGAAACUCGAGCAAAAUGAUGGUCUCAUUCUUUCUUCUCAUA